UGGCUUAUUAUUAAUAGACGUGCAAAACUUUCCCAAGCGUCACACGCUCCUGGGGAAUAACAGUAUGGUACAAAAAUGCUUUUGAACUACUACCCCCGAAGGCUCUGUUGGAGUGCGGAGACGUGAAUAGCCCACGCGUCCGUAACCAUGACUGCGAAGGGCGGGGACUGGGAGUGUUGGUCACGGGACGCGGCCGGCCGCGAGACUCAGUCCUCCACGGUCCCAGCCCGCCCUGCGCUCACUUUUCGUUUCCCCUCCCCCGCCGCACGCUGCGUGGCUGCUCGUUGGCUACUUAGGACGGAAGCUCAGUUUGUGUUUCUCCAGAAGUUUCCCCCCUUGGGCGGCGGCGCAGCUCGUAACCUCGGUGGUAGCAGCUCUAACAGCAACAGCGAUUAUUAGGGAUGGCGGCAGCUGCAGCAGAACCUGCAACAGCCCAGAAGUUUUUCCGGAGCUUUUCAGAUUCUCUGAUCGACGAGGACCCCCAGGCGGCGUUAGAGGAGCUGACUAAGGCUUUGGAACAGAAACCAGAUGAUGCAGAAUAUUAUUGUCAAAGAGCUUAUUGUUACAUUCUUCUUGGGAAUUACUGUGAUGCUGUUGCUGAUGCAAGGAAAUCUCUUGAACUUAAUCCAAAUAAUUCCAUUGCUGUGCUGAGAAAAGGGAUAUGUGAAUACCAUGAAAAAAACUUUGCUGCUGCUCUAGAAACUUUUGUAGGAGGACAGAAAUUAGAUAGUGCAGAUCCUGAUUUCACUGUCUGGAUUAAAAGGUGUCAAGAAGCUCAGGAUGGAUCACAAUCUGAGGUGUCUGCAUCCCAGAGGACUCAUCAGUCAAAAAUCAAGUAUGACUGGUAUCAAACAGAAUCUCAAGUAAUCAUUACACUCAUGAUCAAGAAUGUUCAGAAGAAUAAUGUAAAUGUGGAAUUUUCAGAAAAAGAGUUGUCUGCUUUGGUGAAACUUCCUUCUGGAGAGGAUUAUAAUUUGAAACUGAGACUUCUUCAUCUUAUAAUACCAGAACAGAGCACAUUUAAAGUACUUUCAACAAAGAUUGAAAUUAAAAUGAAAAAGACAGAAGCUGUGAGAUGGGAAAAACUAGAGGGGCAAGGAAAUGUGCCUACUCCAAAACAGUUUGUAGCAGAUGUAAAGAACUUAUAUCCAUCAUCAUCUCAUUAUACAAGAAAUUGGGAUAAAUUGGUCGGUGAGAUCAAAGAAGAAGAAAAAAAUGAGAAGUUGGAGGGAGAUGCAGCUUUAAACAAAUUAUUUCAGCAGAUCUAUUCAGAUGGUUCUGAUGAAGUGAAACGUGCCAUGAACAAAUCAUUUAUGGAGUCUGGUGGUACAGUUUUGAGUACCAACUGGUCUGAUGUAGGUAAAAGGAAAGUUGAAAUCAAUCCUCCUGAUGAUAUGGAAUGGAAAAAGUACUAAAUAAAUUAAUUUGCUAUCACUGUAUUGCAUAUAUUCACCUAAUGCCCAUUGUGUAUUAAUAUUGCAUUCUUGAAUUUUGAACACUAUCUUUUUGAAAGGUUUUACCUCUUUACCUCUUUGUGCUUUAGAAAUUAUUUUCCUUCAAGUGUUCUAAGAGUCUAAUGAAGAAUGAAGAUCCUAUUUUAUCACUUUUGUCCUUAAGGAUUUCAGACAUGCUGAAAUGGAAUGAAGUAUCAUUUGCUACUAGAUAGAGUAGUUCUACCUAGUUAUGGAAGGUGGAGAAAUCAUUAAUGAAUAUCUUGGGUUAUUGCCUUAUUUUUGAUGAAGUAUUACGUUAAUAUUUAUUAGACUUGGCAAUUUUGGGUGAGCAUAGAUUUUUUUCAAGUGUUACAUUGUUUGCUUUUAAAAACUGCUUUUGGAUGGAGUUGUAAAUACAAUUUUUCUAUGAAGUUGUUUGGUUUAUUUACCUUUUUAAGUUUUUUUAAUGAGAACUUUGAGAAAUUAUCACAGGGAAUUCCUGUUUGGUUAUAUGCGAAAUAUUUGUAAUUACACUGAGAUUUUGGUCCUUACUUUCCAAAUUCCUGUCUAAAACAUAGACACCUGAGUUUAACAUGCUGCAAAUUUAUCUGUGUUGAAGGAUAAUCUGUGAAAUUGGGCCAAAUACUGAUUUAGGAAAGCCCAACUUACCUUCUUGCUGGUUUUUUUUUUUUUCCCUGCCACAUCAGGAGUCCUGAAAUAACUGGUAGUUUGGUUUGGUUUGGGGUUUUGUUUUUUUUGUUUUUGUGUAUUUUUUUCUUUAUUAGUCCUUCUCAUGUCCCCAUGGUUACUUUGGUUUCUGUGGUUUAGGGUAGCUGCUGAGAGAGUAAAUUAACAGGUAUACAUUUAGUAUGUACUCUGUUUCUAGAGUAAAUAGAUACCAUGAGAAUACAAAAGGUAAAGACAUGAUCAUUAACUUCAAAGAGCUUAUAAUCUAGCACAGAGAAAAUUAUUGAUGAAAGAAUUAUGGAACUCAUUAUAAAUAGUUUUGAGACAGAAAAAUAGUGUUUUAUGAUUAAAAUACUUUGCAGUCUAAGCUGUUACAGAGUGUAGGCCAUUGGUGACAUGUAGGUCUGACUUUGCUUUCUGACCAUAAUUGUUAACUAUAAUGCCAUAGAGGUUGGUGUCUCUCAGGUCUCACAAUGUGGCACAAGGCAUUACUGGGCCCUCAUAGCUGAGGAUAGGGUGAACAGGAGGCAAAUCAACCAUUGGUUCAACUUUCAGAAGAGUGGGAAUUCAGCCCCUUCCAUCUAAUUGUUUGACCUGAAAUGUAGCGGGAUUCAUGAGGACGGUGGUGGUGUGAUAAACCAGCCUUGCCCAAACCUUACACAAGCUCAUGUAAGCACCUUGGAAUUUUUACUUGUCCUUCCUCCCACUUACAGCUACAGACUACUUUUUUUGUUCUUCAAUAUUGAAGGAAAGGUAAAAUUAAGUUCUUGCGUGAAUUUAUAACAUUUUCAUCUUGAGGAAACUUGAUAGUAGUUUUGUAUUCUGUAUGUCAGAGUUUCUCAGUAUACCAUUAGUCCUAAGGGGUAGGGAGGCUUUGCUACAGAUGUCGUAAGUUGGCCAUACAGCACUACACCAGAGACAAGAGUCCUAGCUCCAGCAAACCUCUGUCAAGUCGCUUUAUAAUCUUCAGUAGGUUUAGCCUGUCUUUGUCUUCAUUAUUUGUAAAUAAUCUUUAGCGUCUUGGAGUUAAAAGUCCAUGAUUCUAAAUAAGAAACAUUUUUGCCACUAAAGGGCAACUUUUUUCUUUCUUAGCAAGGACACUGUUGUAAUAGAAGCUGUUUUAAAAUAGAAUUCUAGUACUAGUUUUGCUUGUACUUUAAAAAGGUAUACUGACUGUAUCUAAAGUACACUUGUCUAUUGACUAGAUUUGCUUAAUGUUUGGGAUUCAGGAUUUUGCUUAGCCAAAUGGAGUUCCUAAUAUACAUGACUAUAUUAUAAAAUGGAUCUGGUUCAAACAAGUACACUAGAUUUAUGGGUAAAGAAGGGACUUUUGAGAAGUGGAUUAGACUGCUGCAUAAGGUACCACUCUGGAGUACUGUUUCUCUUUCACCAUUCUAGAUAAUGAGAAUUUAUAAGCCUGCAGGAAGUUAAAAAACAACAGCAACCCUCCAUUUCAAUUAAAAAUCUCUUUAUCCUUAUCCUCUAUAUUCUCAGUUAUUAAUUGGUCUUGCUUUCUUUCUAGAUUUCCAUUUUCAGUUCUUAAAUUUGGUUUUCUUAGUUUUCUGGUUAACUUUUUGUUCAGAAGAUACAUUUUUUUUUUCUCUUAGUAUUUCUUAUUUUCUUUUCUAAGGAUUAGUCCUGGAAUACAUUUUUUUCUUAACCUUAGAUUCUUCCAUCUGUUCUCCUGAUUUUUAUAAUCAUUUGCACCUUGAUGACUUCCCAGAAUUCUCACAUUAUCCUCAAAGAAUUUUGAAUGGGAUAAUCUCCUUUGAACUCUUCUAUCAAGUAAUCUCUUUAGAUGGCUGUACCACAGUUUAAACAUCAGAGUCAAUUUUGAUAAUUUUCUGUCUGUGUCCUAACUCCUUCAGAUUUGGUUGCCAGCUAUAACAAAGUUCAGUCUUCAACAUGGUAAUUACAGGCCACUUUAAAAAAUAAUUGGUUUUCUUUUUCUUUAUAUGGAAAUGGAGAGAAAGGAUGGUUUACAUUGAUAACUACAUUUUUAAAAACAUACUCAUCUCUUAGAUUUAUGGUAUUCACUGACUUCAGAAUAUUGAAUGAUACUGUUUUCCUGAGGCGAACUAUGUAGAACAAGGGAGAAAAUUGGACUGUCUUAUAAAAAUGUAUCUAUAAGUUCUAUAAAUUUCAAAUAUUUAAAAUGAGGAUAUGUUACGAUGUUAACGUGAAUACGUAGAAAUUUUAAUUUAGUUCAAUAACCUAAAUAUUUUUUGACUAUCCUUACCCGUUUUACUUUCCUUUUCUCCUUCCCCAGUUAUCUACAUAUCAGAUUAGGUCAUUGAUCUCUGAGAUAUAUCACUGAUUCAGAGCAGUAUUGCCUAUUUACCAUCUGAUCUGCCUAAUGCAGAUCUACUAAUUGUAUUGGUAUCUUCCUUGUCCAGAUUAGUGUGCAUCUCUCUGACUUGUAGCUAUUACUGACAUUUCCAAAAAUAAUUCAGAAAAUUUCUGGAUGGCUGAGUGGUUUGUUAGGAGAGCUGCUUUUCAUUGUAACCAGUUCUAAAGAAGUUUACCUUUAGCCAUUCAUACCUGCUCUUACAUAGUCUCGUAAGAAUAUGGAUUUCAGUUGUCUGUCGCUCAGAGGAACCAAGGAGAGAAGAUAGUAAGAGCUUAAAAGGACAAAAUAAUGGUGUCUGUGCCAGAAAGAGUUAUAAGUAGUUGUAUGUAAGAGAUCAUCAGCAUUGAUCUGGUUCCUUUGUCUGCAACUAUGCAUAUUCUAUUGUGGAUUCAUUUUACACCAAGAGAUGUGAUCUUGGAAAUGUCUGGAACUUGUGGGCAAAUUGGAAAUACUGAUUUACGCACAACUGUUACUGUUUGGACCAUCCUUGUAAAUUGUUUCUGAAAUUAACUCUUAGCCUCUCUUCCUGCCUCUGCCUACCUACUUCCUGCCCCCCAAAUCAGCUAAAAUCCUAUGUAUGUUGCCAAUCCAUUAGGGCAGUAACAGUGGUAGCUAUUCUGUACAUUUUGUGGUACACAAAUGUGGCCAGGUGUCACUGUUACAUAUACACUACCUCAUUUAUAACAGCCUUGUGAAGUAGUGAUAACAUCUUACUAUAUCUCAGAAAAAUGAAGUCAAAGUUAAGUUUCUUGCCCAAAUUUACUCCACUGAUAAGUGACAGAGCAGGGAUUUGAACCUAGGCCUGUGAGACUCCACUGCCAUGCUGUAACUGCCUCUUCAGGUUUAUGAGUUGGGUGUGCAGUGAGUGAUUUUUAUUAAUCACCUGUCUGACAAGCAGAAAAUGUGCAAGUUGUUGAACUGUUUGAUUCUACUUGUAUGUGGGCUGGGAAAGCAUAUUCUUAAAAAGGUCAGAAUAUUAACAGUUUCUUAAGUAGGAAAGCCUAUUGGGAAUACAGAUCUCUUAAUAGAAGGUAUUGUAAGCAGGUUGUCUUGAUUUGUGUUGAAGGUGCUGUGUUGUUUUUUUUAAAUCCAGGCAAUUACAGACAAAUGAGAUACACUUAACAACUAUUACAAGUAUAGGAAGACUGGCACCUCAUGCUGAUCACUUCUUGGGAUAAUAAUGAUAUGCACCUUGUAGGCUGUUAGGAGUUAAAGGAGUUUAUUUUAAUUCCGAGGGCUCUAAAAACUAAAUUUGUGUGUGAACUUACAAUAUGAAGUCCUAUUUUGAUGUAGAAAUAUUAAUAUGUUUAAUUACAGAAUGCUAGCACAAAUCCUGCUGAUGUUAAAAAAUAAAUGCUGUAUCUGUAUUGUAUUCUAAAACCCAAAAUUCUGAAUUGAGAAACACAUCUGACUCCAAGGGUUUUGAAAGAAUUAUGUACCUGUAUCUAUAAAGUGCAAAGCGCAGUGCUUAAUAUUAUAGAUAAUGUCAGAUUAUUUUAUACGCGUUUAGGCUGAGAGGCUUAAAUCCUAUAGAAAGCCUUUUUGUUACAAGUUCAGUCCUGUAAAAUUCAAGAUUCUGUCUGAGGAAAGUAUCAGUUAAUUGAAAAUUGUUAGUAUAAUUUUUAAACUUGAUACUUGCGAAGCAUAAGAGUUCAUAGAAAGAGUCUUUAAUUUGAAUGGGUAGUUAUUUUAAUUAAGCAGAGCUUAAAUAUGUAGACAUAUUGUCAGCAGUAUUUUUAAAAGACUUGUAGAAUGUUAAGGGACUUCUUUUCAGAAGUUUUGUAGUUUUAAUUCAAAUGUCAAAACGGAGUAAAACUGUUAGGAUUUAUAAAAACAAGUUGCAAAAUCAUGCCACUUAUAAACUAUGAAUUCUGUCCCAUUAUUUCCAUGAGUGUAGAGAAGCUGACGUUUUUACAAGAGUUCAUCAAUCCUAUUUUCUCACCAAAGAAUGGGGAAUGUCAGCCUUAAAAAUAAAAGAGUUAUUUUACCACCAAAAUGAGUUAAUUUGGGAAUAGCAGAAGAAAUGCAAUUUGAAACAUGAAAACUAUGGCAAACCAUAGGCAACUCUAGGAAUGAAGGAGAGGGGCUUGCUUUUAUAGAGGAAAGGAAGAGGUUGGGAGGGAGAGUUUGAAGGGAAGUUUGGAGGAGGAGAAGAAUUCAGGCUUGUGGUUACUUCUCAUUGGCUGAGAUGUGGCAGUUUCUCAUUGGAUGACCAGGACUCAGGUUUUCUGCAUUUAGUGAUUUUGUUCCUCAGUACCAGGAAGGACCUUUUUUGGUUGUCACAUCUUACAGUGGAGAGAAAGUACCCAGGUUGGAAACCGUUUAGGCCACAUUUGAGUAAAAAGGAAGGGUAGGAGGGGGAAUUCGGGCAUUUCCCACUUAAAGUCUAUAUCUUGUAAGUGUUGUAAGGGUGGGGAGAUCAGCUCAAAAUGUUGAGCUAACAUUACCCUGUUGGGCAUAUUGUUUUUUACAAAGGGUUGGUGGCCAUGGGUACAAAGCUUAAUAACAGUUCUACAAAGCAAAAUUAAAAGUAAUAAUGACAAGUCCAGUUCACUGAUUCUAAACCAGGAGGCCAGACCUGAAGGUAACCAGCUGAAGUGAUCAAAGGACCAUGGAUUGUUAGGUGAAAUGUGCUAAUUUCCUAAUUUUGUGCAGUUGAAUUUCUGCUUUCCCAGAGGAAUUUAUCCAUGUGCAACAGGAAGUAUUGGCAGUCACACAGAUACCUCCUUGUUCAUUAAUUAUACAAUCAAGGGCUAUACAAUUAGCUAGAACUGCUCUAGCCAGUGAGUCAAGUCAUUGUUGGUACGCUGCUUGUUGCCUUGGCUACAAAGUUGGCUAGCUUUCUGAUCAUGCAGUCAUUAGCACUUAUUCUGGCCUAAGAGAGAGAUUUCUGAUCAUGCAGUCAUUAGCACUUAUUCUGGCCUAAGAGAGAAAGGCUAUCUCUAUGGAAGCAAACCGGGAGUUCUAUUUGCCUCAAGGAAGUUCCUGUUCAAGGUGACUGUGGAGGCUUAAUGGGCUGGACUUCGUAGGAGGAUUCUCAUUGUUAUGACGACAGAACAGUAAUUACAGUAACAGCACACUGCCCUUUCAUUGUCCAGCUCUUAAGAUGAUAAGUUACCUAAGCAUAGGGGCAAUUUGCCAAAACCACCACAUGUGAAGGAGUAGCUGGAAUGUGUGUAUAUAUGAUUUCCUCAUAAGUAGUAGUAGUUAUGGACCCAUUGGUCCAUAUAGAGGUGUUUGCAUCAUUCAGCCAAGACUCAAAUGCUGUAUUCUAUAUUGAAAGACCACCCAGAUACAUGGGUUUGACAGCAAAUCUGCAAUGGUCUGAUUUAUGGUGACUGCUGUGCAGUAUCUUUCAAAUCUGUAUUUGAUGGAUCACAUUCUCCCAUCCUAGGGUUGGAUUAAAUUGAGGCAGGAAUUGGUGGUAUGUGGAUUUAGUAUUUCAAUUUUGUAAAAAGGACCUGUGGAAUAAUUCAGGCUUACAGUUGCAUCUGGGAUUCCAACAGAAUUACUUACAUGGUAAACUAAGGGGUCAUGGACAGAUAGUGGUUUCUGAUAACAAAUCCAGUAAUUGGAGCAGCUUACCCUUUUUGCAAGAUAUUGGGAAAUGAUGACAGAAGUAUUACCCUUCCAUGAAAAAGGGAGAAGAAAACGGGAGAACAAGCAAGGGAAAGAAGGUAUAUAGGUGCAGUCAUCCCAGAAAGCCACCUGCUUGGGAAAUACUUUCUUUCAGGUCACCUGUUGGUGCACAAGUCCAGUUUGGGUUUGGUGCUUUGUUUGGAAGUGAUACAUGGAUCCAAAAAUCUCUUUGGUGGUAGAAAAAUUGAGCCUUUCUAACAGAGUUGAAGAGUCUUUCUAGAGAUGUCAUUUCCAAUAGAUUAAAUCUCUGAGUUACAAGAAGUGAUGCUUGAGGUCUUUGUCUCCCAGGAGUGCACUGUUGAAAGACUGUUCUACCAGAGCAUGGUUAUUUUCAACAGAAGUAAUUAGACCUUUACAGUAUUAGAGUAUAUUUCCUUUUCUUGACUAUGAAUCAAAGAAGCACGAGCCAUAUGGAUUGGAUGCCUUGAGGGAGAGUUUCUGGAUUCUGAAAGACUAAUGGCAGUGCUUUUGGCCUGGGUAUGUAUGUAUGUAUGUAUGUAUUCUAAAAAUGCAGUGUUAAUGACAUCUUACGACUUCAUUUUUUAGAGAGUGGGCACAAGUGAGUGAGGGGCAGACAGGGAAAGUGAAUCCCAUGAGGGGCAGAGAGAGAAUCCCACAUAGGCUCCGUCCUGUCAGCACGGGGUUUGAGCUCACCCCAUGCAGGACUUGUGCUCAUGAAUCGUGAGAUCAUGACCUGAGCUGAAGUCAGAUGCUUAACUGACUGAGCCACCCAGGUGCCCCUUGGCCUGAGUAUUUAAAAGGGUCUCUACAAAUUUUGCCACUUGAGCCUUAAUGAUGCCAUUAGUGUGUAUUUGACUAGCUGAGGAUUGAGGAUGGUAAGCACAAUGCAAGUGUUGUAGAAUGGCUAAUAAGCACAGGUCUUUAAAACCCUUGACCAGGGAACUAAGUUCCCUGGUCAUUAUGAAGUUCAAGGGGAUUCCCCAGGUAGAGACAGUCUUUUCUAAUGGUAUUUUAGCCACAGAAAAGGCAGUAGCCUGCCUAAUAAGGGAAAGCUUCAGUCCAGUGAGAAAACAUACAAACCAUGACUAAAACAUAUUUCUAUCUAUGAAACUGGGGAUAGGGGAGAGGUUGAUUGAAAUCCAUUUGCCAGACUUUGAAUUGUCCAUUGGGCACUUUAAAGUAUCCAGGAACAGUACAGGUCACUUUCCUUGGGUUGUAUUUGGAGCAAGUGGAGCAGGCAAAGUAGGUACUUUUUGCAUCUGUAUUGAUAGUUCCCUACCAGUACUGGUUCAUAAAAGUUACUUCAUCAGAAGAGCUAUAUUUGAAAGCAUAUACAGUAUGCAAAUUUUAAGGCCUCUGGUAUGACUGGGUUUGUACUGUUUGGCCAAACCACAGUUCUUUUAUUGAACUGACAGUUAUUAGAUAUCUGAUUUUAGUUUUCCUUUUCUGGGGUCAAUUGUUGAGCAUUGCUAGUUAAUUUUUCUAUAUUAUCAUUUGGGAGAAACAUUAUAGAGGUUUCCCAGUGCAUAUAAAAUUUAUGUUUACACUAUACUGUAGGCAGUUAAGUGUGUAAUAGCAUUAUGUCUGCAACUAUAUACAUAUAUCUUAAUUAAAAAGUACUUUAUCGCUGAAAAUAAUAACCAUUUUCUGAGCUUUCAGCAAGUCCAUCUUUUUGCUGGUGAAGGGUUUUGCCUCGAUGUUGAUGGCUGCUGACCCAUCAGGGUGGUGGUUGCUGAAGGUCAGGUGGUUGUGGCAAUUUCUUAAGACAGCAGUGAAGUUUGCCAUGUGAAUUGACUCGUAAACGAUUUCUCUGUAUCGUGAUGCUGUUUUGUUACACCCAGAACUUCUUUCAGAAUUGGAUUCAGUCCCCUCGAACCCUGGUGCUGCUUUGUCAGCUACGUUUAUAUAAUAUUGUAAGUCCUUUGUUGUCAUUUCAACAUUCUUAACAGCAUCUUCACCAGAAGUAGAUUUCAUCUCAGGAAGCCACUUUCUUUGCUCAACUGUAAGCAGCACGUCUUUAUUCAUUAAAGUUUCAUCAUGAGAUUGCAACAAUUCAGUCACAUCUGGCUCCACUUCUAAUUCUAGCUCUCUUGUUAUUUCCAUCAAAUCUGCAGUUAUUUUCUGCAUUGAAAUUUUGAACCACUCAGAGUCUUCCAUGAGGGUUGGAAUUGACUUUUCCCAAACUCCUGUUAAUGGUGAUAUUUUGACCUCUUCCCAUGAAUCACAGAUGUUCUUACUGGCAUCUAAAAUGGUGAAUCCUUUCCAGAAGGUUUUCAACUUACUUUUCCCAGAUCCAUCAAAGGAAUUACUAUCUAUAGAUGGCAUCUGUAGUCUUAUGAAAUAUAUUUCUUAAAUGAUAAGACUUGAAAGUCAAAAUUAUGCCUUGAUCUAUGAAGUGUAGCAUGGAUAUUGUGUUGUAUAAGUUCUUUAUAUAUUUGGUUAUUAACCCUUUAUUGAAUAUAUUGUUUCCAGAUACUUUCUCCUAUUUAGGAGGUUGCCUUUUCCUUUUCUUGAUGGUUUCCUUUGCUAUGCAAAAGCUUUUUAUUUUGAUAUAAUCCCUAGUUUAAUAUUGCUUUUGUUUCCCUUGCCUGAGGAGACAUCUAGAAAAAUGCUGCUAAGGCUGAUGUCAAAGAAAUCACUACCUAUGUUUCUUGUAGGAGCUUUAUGGUUUCAGGUCUCACAUUUAGGUCUUUAAUCCAUCUUGAGUUUAUUUUUGUGUAUAGUACAAAAAAGUAGUGGUUCAGUUUCAUUGUUUUGCCUAUAGCUGUUUAGUGUUACUUAGCACCAUUUAUUGAAGAGAUCGUCUUUUCCCUGUUGUGUAUUCUUGCCUCCUUUAUCAUAGAUUAAUUGACCAUAGAAGCAUUAGUUAAUUUCUGAGCUCUCUAUUGUGUUCUCAUUGAUCUAUGUGUCUGUUUUGGUGCUGAUACCAUACUGUUUUUAUUACUGCAGUUUUGUAGUAUGUAUUGAAAUCUGGGAUUGUGGUGUCUCCAGCUUUGUUCUUUUUUUUUUUUUUUCUUUUUAAUGUUUAUUUUAGAGAGACAGAGUUGUGAGCAGGGAAGGGACAGAGAGGGAGACCCAGAAUCUGAAGCAGGCUUCAGGCUCCAAGGGGUUAGCACAGACCCUGACACGGGGCUUGAACUCAUAAACUGUGAGAUCAUGACCUGAGCCGAAGUCUGAGGACUGAGCCACCAAGGUGCCCCUGUUCUUUUUCAGUAUUUCUUUGGCUGCCUGGGGUGUUUUGUGGUUUCAUAUAACUUGUAGUCUUGUUUGUUUUAGUUCUGUGGAAAAUGUGGUUGGUAUUUUGAUAGGGAUAGCAUUAAAUCUGUGGAUUGCUGUGGGUAGUAUAGACAUUUUAGCAAUAUUUUUCCAAUCCAUGAAUGUAAUGUCUUUUUCUUUGUGUUAUCUUCAGUUUCUUUCACCAGUGUUUUAUAGUUUUCAGAGUAUGAGUCUUUUCACCUGCUUGGUUAAGUUUAUUCCUAGGUAUUACAUUCUUUAUGGUGCAGUUGUAAAUGGACUUGCUUUCUUAAUUUCUCUUUCUGCUACUUCAUUAUUUGUUUAUGGAAAUGUAACCAGUUUCUGGAUAUUGAUUUUAUAUUCUGUAACUUAACUGAAUUUAUUAUUCUUGUAGUUUUUUGGUAGAGUCUUUAGAGUUUUCUGUGUAUAAUAUUAUGUCAUCUGCAAAUAGUGUUGGUUCAACUUUUUCCUUACUAAUUUGGAUGCCUUUUAUUUCAUUUUCUUGUCCUAUUACUGUGGCUGGAACUUCCAGUAGCAUGUUGAAUAAAAGUGUUGAGAGUGGGGGUGCCUGGGUAGCUCAGUUGGUUAAGCGUCCGACUUUGGCUUGGGUCAUGAUCUUGCAGUCCAUGAGUUUGAGCCCUGUGUCAGGUUCUGUGUUGACAGGUUUUUUUGUGUGUGUGUGUUUUUUUUUUCUACAAUGAAUUUAAAAUAAGUUUAUUCUGUUUGAACACUCAAAUGACCCCCUUGGAAAAAAAGGAACCAACAAAAUGGGACACACUGCUCCCCUUAAAGGAGCAGGCGGGACGGGACACUCUGUUCCCCUUAAAGGAAUGGGUGGGUAAUAAUACACCAUACAAAACAACCUCUGGAAUCACAUGUAAAUGCUACUCUGAAUCUUAUAUGUUGUCAUCAAUUUCUUCAGUAUCUCUGUGCCCUGGGCAAUAUUCUUAACCAAACCUUUAAAGCUUCUGGAAGGAAGGACCAGCUUAAAAGCUCCAACUAUAAUGAGGUCUAACUUUAUCAUAUCAGUAUAGCACAAGUACAGAAUCGCAGGGAUUUCCACACUUGGCAGUAACUGCUUUGGAUUCUGUGUUUCCCUCCCUCUCUGCCCCUCCCCUGCUCACACUCUCUCUCUCUCUCUCUCUCUCAAAAAUAAAUAAA